AACACAAAAUUGUGAGCUCCAUGGACGAUUACAGCUCGUGACAGAUGCUCGGUACCUCGGUGAAAGAAGUCUAUGCGGAAUAUAUUUGUACCGACUCAGACACCGUGAUAUAGCGCGUAUAAGAGCAGAGCAAACCCUGUCACAGGUCUGAUAUAUACAUGCGACACUAUGUACUCUCCAUAACAAGUGUACCGAGUACAACAUAGUCGAUACGGCUGCAGUCCGAAUUGAAUCAGGAAGAUCCCCCCCCGCAAGGCUGUCCAACGACAAUCCAGAAAUCUCGGCCUGGCAAUCGAUUACAUCAACAGCAAACGACAUUGCUCCCAAUAUCUCUGGGCUGACUACAGCGGCAGUUUCAGAAGCCCGUGUUCAGCGGUGUGGUGCUAAGGUUACGACUCAAACAUGUUGUCGUACCUGAGCCCGUUACCGACUCUUCCAGACUAUACUGGUUUUCACAAGGUCGGCUCCACGGAAUAUGAGAUCCCCUUGGCCUCACUAGGGCUCCAACCUCUGCCGGAAGAUCUUACGUUGUCGACGGUGAAGUUUCGAUUGUUCUAUCCUACCACUGCUCAGCCGUCUUCUCGUUAUGGCGUACCCUGGCUGCAGGAGCCUCAGACAGAAUACCUUGACGGCUACCUGAGGUUGGCACGGGCAAAACCUUGGCUACGGAAUAUCAUUCAGUCGAUACCGUACUAUCUGCGCUCGACACGAAUACCAGCCUAUGAAAAUGCACCACCGUCAAGCAGCGAUGCUCCCCUGCCUGUCGUUAUCUUCUCUCAUGGCAUAAUCGGUAACAUGAACACACAUAGCGCCAUUCUCGGAGAGCUUGCGUCCUAUGGUGUCUUCUGUGCUGCAGUAGAACACCGUGAUGGAAGUGGUGCAUUGUCAAUAGUCCGGAAUGGAGACGACGCGAAGAAGGCUCCGGCACCAACCGAGAUCACAUCGAUAGGAUUCAGGCAAGUGUCGCUCAAAAUCAAACCAGGAGUGUAUGAGCAGCGAGACGAGCAACUGCAGAUCCGACUUUUCGAGCUCAUGGCAACAUUUCGAGCUUUGGAAAUGCUCAACGCAGGUCUGUCAGUCAGGAACCUUGCCAGCAGUACUGAAAACGAAUGCGCCAUCCCCAAAGGAGCGUUGAAUCUGAACCCGAGUGCCGUUACGUGGGCUGGUCAUUCGUUUGGCGGCACAACUCUCAUACAAUUCAUGAAAUCAAUCUACUAUGAAGACCAACGGGAAGAGGACAACUAUUCUCUGCUUUUGCAAUCGGCGCCCCCAUCCCUCAAAGCACAGAUCACGCCAACCAGCCCUCUGAUUCUACUCGAUCCUUGGUAUCUGCCGCUCAAAUCCACGCAAACUCGAUGGCUGUACGAGAAACCUCUACCAUGUCAUCACUCCGAUGGAGAGGCAAGCAACGACGGGAGCGCCAGGACAGUGAUUGUAAGUUGUGAAGAAUUCGCACAUCACUGGCCAGAAUGCCACUCCCACAUACCGGCGAUCAUUGCUCAAGACCCUACGAGCGUCGAAGUGCAGACCGACGAGGAAUACCACAAAGAGUUUGCCAUGUACAAGAGUCCCAGAGACUAUGUGAACAAGAGCAGGAAAAGGAAGGCUCAAGCGGCAUUGGAUGCUGCACAGAAGGACCCGUCCGUCCUUGGAACCUCUGAGAAGGAGGUAGACGAGAAUGCAAAGCCCAUCUCGAUGUUUGCACUACACGACACGACCCAUAUCACGCACUCAGAUUUUGGGGUUAUGUUCUCGUGGUUUGUUUGGUGGUUCACUGGACAGAAAGCCCCCGAGUUGGCUGUUCAGAACACUGCUCGUUGUAUAUUAGAGGCAGCAGGACUCCCGGCCGCAGAUGAUGCGGCAAGAGUGAUGGGAUCCAGGGGGCAGGCGCAACUUGAACGGCUUUUAUAGAAGAGAAGGGUGUGAGCUGCGUGUGAGGUAUGCGGAUGAUUAGACCCAAGCGAUGAACAUCAUCGCCAUGUAUGAAUGAAGAACUCAUUGCGUGAGUCAAUGAGAGUACAAUCCCCCCUUAACUUAAUCACAGCCCAGUGCCGCAUUGCGAGUCGAUUAGUUGUUGACGAGGCUGACAACCUCG